AUGGAACAGAAACGUCCUAUCAUCAUCGGUAAUGUGGCUGGGGCCAUGGAGGAUUGCCCAGAUGCAAUGCAUCGCAUGAUCUCUAGCGGACCUCUCGACGCAAUUGCUGGUGACUGGCUUUCCGAGUUGAACGUCGCUUGGAACGCCAUCCGCAAGUACGACAAUCCGGAGAAGGGAUAUGAGGUCGGCUUUCUAGAACAACUCGAUGACUGCAUCGACGUUAUCGCUGAAAAGAAGAUCAAGCUUAUCAGCAAUGCUGGCGCUCUGAACACUCCUCAGUGUACCAAGCUUGCCAGGGAGAUCUGCGAGAAACACGGACAUGGCCACCUGAAGCUAGCAUAUGUCCAGGGCAACGAUAUUUCUGACAUCGUGGCCGACAAGACCAAUCAGGCCCAGCUGGGCGGCAUUAGACACCUUGACCAUCCUGAUCGAACCCUGGAAAGCUGGGGUAAGGAGCCACUUUGCGGUGUGGCUUAUUUCGGAGCAUGGGGGAUCGUGGAGGCUCUUCGGCAAGGGGCAGAUAUCGUCAUUUGCGGUCGGGUCACCGAUGCCAGCCCCGUCAUCGCCUUAGCUGCGUGGUGGCAUGGCUGGUCGCAUACAGACUGGAACCAGCUUGCUGGUGCUCUUAUUGCCGGGCAUUUGAUCAAGUGUGGACCGUACGUCACCGGUGCCAACUUCACAGGGGUCAGACCUUACCUAGAUGGCCUGGUUGACCUUGGCUUCCCGAUAGCCGAAAUUGCACAUGACGGCACCACUGUCUUGACGAAGCAUCCGACCCACGCGGGUAUCGUGGACCAAUUCAAUGUGCGUGCCCAGUUUCUCUAUGAGAUUCAAGGUACACAAUACAUCAACUCGGACGUUCUUGCGGAUAUAGGUGACGUGAAAAUCGAGAACACUGGGGAGAAGGACCGUGUCCGAAUCUCCGGCGCUGUCGGUAGCCCUCCCCCUCCAAACACCAAGGCCAUCGUGGUUUCUAUCGGCGGUUACCAGGCCGAGGCAACCUUUUACAUGAACGGUCUAGACAUAGACGCCAAGGAACGCUUCAUGAGACAGCAAAUUGAGCACGCAUUUGCAGACUCCAACUUCACCGAGUUGAGCAUCGAACGCUAUGGGGCGAGCGCCGUCAACCCCAGCAACCAGGCCCUGGGCACCGUGUCUGUCCGGGUGCUAGUUAAGGGCAAAUCUGAGCACGACAUUCGAGAAGAUUACUUCCGCAAAAAGAUUUAUGCGCUGAGAAUCCAAUUUUACGCCGACUUCAGGACCAUGUCCCCCAAGAUGUUCAUGGAGCUUUUCCCAGGCCUAAUAUCCUACGAGAAACUCCCGCAUCGCGUGGUUAUGGAUGAUAACGUCAUCGACAUCAAGCACCAUGGCAUCACUGCGCCUCCUCCGGGGAAGCGACCCACCUAUGAGACGGCAAACCCGGCCGACCUCAGAACGUUUGGCUUCACGAAUAGAGUACCCCUGGGAACUGUCGCGCACGCCCGCUCCGGCGACAAAGGCAACAACUGCAAUGUAGGUUUCUUCGUUCGUUCGGCCGAGGAGUACGAAUGGCUACGGUCGUACUUAACGGUGUCCAAGAUCACCCGGCUCCUGGGAGAGGAUUACCGGGAUUCUGUCACGGUCGAGCGGUGCGAGUUCCCCCAAAUAUGGGCCGUGCACUUCCGGUUCCUCGAUUUUCUGGGCGGCGGCGCCGCGAGUAGUAGCCGAAUCGACAUGCUUGGGAAGGGAGUAGCCGAGUACCUUCGGAGCAAAUACGUUGAUGUACCAGCAAAACCGGCCGAGGUGGAGGAGGCGGAGUCCGGACAUAACGGCUUAAUACCCGAAUGGAGACUGCGUUCUUCCCCCGCAUUAAAUUCGGAGCGAUCCAGCUUGCAAUGGGCCUCCCAACAGGAGCAACGACAAUCCCAGCAAAACCAGCGGAAGCGGUCGCCGGAACAACAUCUGAAUUCCUGCACCUCACCUUCGCCUACAGUCCAGUUUUCCAACCAGCCUGAUGAUAUCGGAGGUGAAGUUAACGAUAGCGGUCUUUCCGGGUUAGAUUACCCCAUCGCGUUACCGGAUGAUGAUACAAUAUUGCCACCAGUUGAGUUCGAUCAUGCCCGGCUCCUCGUGCCCCAACCCGCGGGGGAGCGCCAAACACCUAACAACCCCGGCGAAGAUGGAGGGAUGUUGGAGAGAUUACUCUUCCCUGGAAACUCCUGCGCCAAACCAAAUGCUGCAUUCGUUUUGUACAAGUGUUGCCCGUGUGUCGAGGUGGAUGACCUGCGGCGUCUCGAACCAUGUGCUGUCCAGUUUCUAGGGCAAUGCGGUUGUUUCCAUCUCCCAGCUCGAUCCAUCCUCGACGAGUUCAUCAAACAAUACUUCUUGCACUUCCAUCCUGUGCUUCCUCUCCCUCUCCCUCUCAACGAGCUGGAAUUCCAGAAAAUGUACUUUGCGGAACCCACGUCCCAUCCAAAACAACGGCGUGUACCGCUCUUCCUCCUUCAAGCAAUGCUCUUUUUAGCUUGCCCCUACGUUUCUGUCUCCAAGUUGCGCAAGCUGGGGUUCCAAACCGUUCAAGACGCACGCGCUAAGUUUUACAGUAGAGCCAAGCUUAUCUUCGAUAUGUAUCCUUACAUAGAUGAUGUUGCGAGAGCCCAGGGGGCACUUAUGUUGACUUACCACGUAUCUUCCGCGACUCACAAGGCCGACACUUUCUGGUUGAGUACCGCGAUCCACUACGCGAAAAGUGCGAAAGCCCACAUGUAUACACUAAUGCGCGAAGGUUCGCGAGAGGCAAACAUCCUCAAGCGCCUAUGGUGGUGCUGUAUCCUACGUGAUCGCAUCAUGGCUUUGGGAUUGCGAGGGCCGCUGCACAUAAAGCCCGCCGAUUUCGACUUCACCCAACCAGGGUUCGUGGAAGCGGACUUCAGGGAUGAGAUCAGAGGGUCAAUGGUAUAUGACUCGACAGCCAAGCAGGUCUUGGUCCAGCUCGCCGGUAUGCUCUGUGAGCUGGCGGUAGCCUUGAACAACAUCCUCGAGGUCCUUUAUCGCGAAACACCCUUCAGGCCUGGGGGACACCAUAAUCCGCCGAGCCCCGAAGACCUGAAAACGUGGUCUCUCGGACUGGACAACUGCACUGCGAAAGCCUCUCUUUGCAAUCACAUGCUCCUCCAUGCCUUUUCGGCUGUCGACGACAAGACCCAAGACGACCACAUGGAAUCCCGGCUCCAAACACAACUGGAGAUGAAUCAGGCGCUGUGUAGGAUCACUGACGAUCUAGUUGAGCUAGAGCAUUUGGGGCUCGCCAAGUUCCUCCCCAAUACCUUCAUUGGCUUCUCUGCUUUUCCAUUUAUCUGGCACUUGCUCGACGCAAAUUUGAUCCGCACCGGACCACCAUCCCACAGAACAGAAAGAGUCUCAAAAGUCUACGCCGAUAUCAUGAAGGGAUUUCGUUCCUUGUAUGAGAGCACCGAUGAGAUGCUUCGCUACGCCGAGAAGAUAAUCAACUAUAUCAAAGAACACGAGCAGCUUCAAGCGGAGUGCCUCGAUCCCAGUAUUCUCGCUCGAUCGGCUCAAAGGGAGCACCCCACAACCCAUACGCUAGCGCGAGCAUCGUAUCCAAAUAAUGGCUGGGUCGACAUUUUCCUCAACAGACCGCAGACAUCCCUCCGGAUUGUUAUGACCGUAGACUUUUGUCUCACACGAGGACAUUUCCCGUCUGAGGCAGACUUCCCGAAAGCCUUGCGCGCGAUUCAACAGGAGAAUCACGAAUCUGGAAUUGGCUUCUCGGGAGAUGCGGAUGAGAUUGCGUGGUGGACACUACUUCAGGAAGCCAUGGAUGUUGGUUUCGGCGGCUAG